AUGAGCGAUGUAUACCAUCCUGGUUCCGGUGGAUCGAAAGGAUUCCCACCAGCUCCUUACGGUUAUCCAAUACAUUGUAAUAUGUCUCGUGCCUUUCAAGAAAUGACUGAUGAUGAAAGAAAGUGCCUCGAUGAACGAAAAUAUUGGUGCUUUCUGCUUUCAAG